AUGGGCAGAGCCCUGUCGCCACAGCAGGAUGCCGGAGAACAGGAGCUCCCGGCUCAGGGCCCCCACUGGAAAGCAGGGGCUCCUGCCCCCCAUGCAGCCACUCUGAGGGUCCUGAUCCUCGCCCUGCUCUGGAGGGAGUCCCUGUCCCAGCUGCCCAGAUUUACCCUGAUGGUGCCGCAGUCGGUGUCGGUGCAGGAGGGUCUCUGCGUUCUCGUCCCCUGCACCUUCACGUACCCAGCCUCGUAUGACACCGACAAUCCCCGAGCCCGGCUCUACAGAUACUGGUACAAGGAUCCGGCCGCUGUGGGCCAGAAUCCGCCCAUGGCCAGCAAUGACCCCAGCCGGGGGGUGUCGCAGGAGACCAAGGGCCGGUUCCAGCUGGUGCAGAAUCUAGUGCACGGCGACUGCUCCUUGCAAAUCAGCGACGCCCAAUGGACGGAUACGGGGAGAUAUUUCCUUAGAAUCGAGAAAGGAUCAUUGAAAUACAGUUACCUCUCCAGUUACUAUCACACUGACCUUAAGCUCACUAUCUCUGUGCCAGGGCUGACGGAGGAGCCAGAGAUCCAGAUCUCGCUGGCGCGGGGGCUGCCAGGGAUGCUGCUGGCUGGGGAGCCGGUGACUGUGACCUGCACAGCACCUGGGCGCUGCUCCGGGCCCCCUCCCCGAGUCACUUGGAUGGGGCCGUUCAACCACACAGCCAGGGAUGUCUCAGCCCUGCUGGCGAAUGGCACCUGGGACCACAGCUCCGCGCUCAGCUUCACGCCCGGCCCGGGGGACCAUGGCAAAGAGCUCGUCUGCACCGUCACCUACAGGCCACCAUGGGGACCUUCCACCCGCAGAACCGUCCGGCUCCACGUCGGCUAUCCGCCCGGGCCCCCCAACAUCACUGGGACCCUGACCAGGAACGGACGCCCCAGUGAGAGGCUGUGCUGCGAGCCCUGGGAAUCAGCGAGCACCUCCUAG